AAAUACUAUCAUUUAUUUCUUACAUUAAUUAGUUUAUAAUAUGCUUCUAAUUACCCGCUGUAACUUUUUAAUUAGUUAAUGAAAUAUUUUCGGAUAUCUGAAUGAAAUCAAUUUCAAUUUAGGGGGAAAAUAAUUUGUCUUAUUAUUACAUCAGGAGAAGCAUGCAAUGCUUUUCGACACCGCUUUAGAAGACUACGGGCUAAUAAGUCAAACAACACGCGGAGCGGGAACUUAGAAAUCAUAUCCGAGUAUUUUGCAAACCAAAGAAAUCCGAAAAUGGAGAAAUACAUGUCUUAUCGGAGCCCUCUUGUUUCUCGUUAUGCUAGUCCUGAGAUGUCUUUUAAUUUCAGUGAAAUGAAAAAAUUUAGAACAUGGAGACAACUUUGGUUUUGGCUUGCUAAGUCGCAAAAGGCUCUCAGUUUGGAUAUCAGUGAAGAACAACUCUCUGAAUUAGAAUCCAAUUUGGAUAAUAUUGAUUUCGUUCAAGCUGCUGAAGAAGAGAAAAGAGUCCGUCAUGAUGUUAUGGCCCACAUUCAUACAUUUGCUUCUUGCUGUCCUAAAGCUGCACCUAUAAUACAUUUAGGAGCCACAUCAGCCUAUGUAGGAGACAACACUGAUCUUAUUGUCUUGAAAGAUGGUUUCAACAUUUUACUUCCUAAGUUGGCUCGAUGCAUUCAGAGAUUAUCAUCUUUUGCUGUUGCGCAUAAAGAUCUUCCUUGUUUGGGUUACACUCAUCUACAACCUGCUCAGCUCACUACUGUCGGUAAAAGAGCUUGUCUCUGGAUCCAAGAUUUAUUAAAAGAUCUCACUAACAUAGAGAGAGCCAGAGAUGAUCUACGAUUCCGUGGAGUAAAAGGUACAACUGGAACACAAGCAAGCUUUCUUGAACUCUUUGAUGGUGAUGAAGAAAAAGUGGAGAAACUGGAUGAAAUGGUUACAGAAAUGGCUGGUUUUCCCAGCCAUUACCUAAUUUGUAGUCAGACCUACAGCCGGAAGGUGGACGUUGACUCAUUAACAAGCUUAGCAAGUUUAGGAGCUACUGUUCAUAAAAUCUGCUCAGAUAUUCGGAUUUUAGCAAAUUUCAAAGAAAUUGAAGAACCAUUUGAGAAAGAUCAAAUUGGGUCUAGUGCAAUGCCUUAUAAGCGAAACCCAAUGCGAAGUGAAAGAUGUUGUGCUUUAUCUCGCCACUUAAUGGCUCUCCUUCCUAAUGCCUUGAUGACGGCAUCAGUUCAAUGGAUGGAAAGAACUUUAGAUGACAGUGCAAAUAGACGAUUGAGUCUCCCAGAAUCCUUCUUAACAGCUGAUAUUUUACUAAGUACCAUGCAAAAUGUCUUUGAAGGAUUAGUUGUCUAUCCAAAGAUUAUUCACAGAAGAAUUGAGCAAGAACUCCCUUUCAUGGCUACUGAAAAUAUAAUCAUGGCUAUGGUAAAAGCAGGUGGAAACCGCCAGGAUUGUCAUGAACAAAUUCGUGUGUUGUCACAUGAAGCAGGACAACAUGUAAAACAUGAAGGCAAGGACAAUGACCUUGUGGAAAGGAUUCAUAAGUGUAAAUAUUUUGAGCCAAUCAAAGGUCAACUGGACGAUCUUUUCAAACCAACAAAUUUCAUUGGAAGAGCACCAAGCCAGGUUAUGAAAUUUAUUACAAAAGAGGUGGAGCCUGCUUUGAAACCUUAUUCUUCUACCAUGAAAGGGAGUGUAGUUUUGUCUGUUUAAACCAAUGCUUUUAAAUGUGAUUUCCUCAUUGGCUGGUUGAGAAAUAAUCAUUGGAAAGAAACUUUAGCUUACUUACAUUUUAAAGUAUCUAAUAAAAAUAUUUCCUCAACAACAGCAGUGCCUCAGCAUGGUGCAGCUCUUGAACUAA